AUGCAGAUCACAUUGAAAACCUUGCAACAGCAGACGUUCAAAAUCGAUAUCGACGAGGACGAGACGGUGACAAGAUUAAAAGAGAGAAUUGAACAAGAGAAGGGCAAAGAUCAUUUUCCUGUUGCCGGACAGAAACUCAUCUAUGCUGGUAAAAUCCUCAGUGAUGAAUCCGUCCUUAAAGAAUACAAAAUUGAUGAGAAGAACUUUGUUGUUGUCAUGGUGACAAAGCCGAAAAAGGCCCCCGCUCCAUCUCAGUCAUCACCGACCGCAUCGACAGCCAGCACGGCGCCUCCUUCAACGCCGUCGUCUGUUUCGCAAGUUCCAGCACAGCGACUUCCAGCGGACGGCCAAGCGGAAGCGAGGCAACCUGCUGCUGCCGCAGCCGCACCCGUCGCUUCUGAACCCAAUCCUCCAUCUAUAGGAAAUUGGGGGACUUCCAACAGCUUGAUGGACGAGGCGGGUUCAAAUGUCGUGACGGGGGCAUCGUACGACGCUAUGGUGACGGAGAUUAUGCUGAUGGGCUACGAGAGGGAGCAGGUGGUGGAGGCACUGAGGGCCAGCUUUAACAACCCGGACCGAGCUGUGGAGUACCUGCUCUCGGGUAUGCCAGGCAGGAACCAAGUCCAGGCUAGAGGGUCGGACAUAGCGUUGAGCGGAGUUCCUGCCGGUCCCACGGGGGACAUUAACAACCCAGACAACAUAGGCGCCUCACAGGAUAAUCCGCUGAGUUUCUUAAGGAAUCAGCCUCAGUUUCACAUGAUGCGCCACCUGAUUCAGCAGAAUGCGUCGCUGCUUCCCGCACUGCUGCAAGAAAUAGGAAGGGAGAACCCAGAGUUGCUGCAAGAGAUAAGCACCCACCAGGAGCACUUCAUUCAGAUGCUGAACGAGCCUCUCCCUGAAUCCCCCGUGCCUAUGGAGGAAGACUCCGGGGGUUCCGGAGGGGCGCCGGCCAACUCGCAGAGUGGCAGCAACAUGAGCUACAUCCAGGUCACCCCGCAGGAGAAGGAAGCCAUCGAGAGGUUAAAAGCGUUAGGAUUCCCUGAGGGACUGGUCAUACAAGCUUACUUCGCAUGUGAGAAGAACGAGAACUUGGCCGCCAACUUCCUUUUACAGCAGAAUUUUGAUGACGACUGA